CCAGCCCCAGGAGCCCCCAGGUGUUCCCAUUCUGUGAUCAGGACAGAACACAGACCUGUCACUAUGGACUUUGUGCUUGGCUGGGUUUUCCUUGUUGCUGUUUUAAAAGGUGUCCAGUGUGAGGUGCAGCUGGUGGAGUCUGGGGGAGGCCUGGCGAAGCCUGGGGGCUCCCUCCGACUCUCCUGUGCAGCCUCCGGAUUUGACUUCAGUAAAUAUGCCAUGAGCUGGGUCCGCCAGGCUCCAGAGAAGGGGCUGGAGUGGGUCUCAGGUAUUAGUAGUGAUGGAAGUUCCACAAGCUAUGCGGACUCCGUGAAGGGCCGAUUCACCAUCUCCAGAGACAACGCCAGGAACAUGCUCUAUCUGCAGAUGAACAGCCUGAGAGUCGAGGACAUGGCCAUUUAUUUCUGUGCGAGGGACACAGUGAGGGGAUGUCGGGAGAAGCCACUGCCUAAGACCAAACACUGGAUGAACCCAUUUUACCAGACGGAAUCUGAAAAACAAGAUGCACAAGAAACUACUUGGUGUGGAAAAAAUAGGGGUUUGAACAGACAUGAGAUUGAUGCAGUUUUUGAGUUGCAGGUGUCCUGUCCCAGGUGCAUCUGCAGGAAUCAGCCCAACUCUUGUGCUCACACAUCCUGCACCUCACUGGCCGUGUCUCUUGGUUCUCCAGCUCAACCAGUAAUUUCUGGUGGAAUUGGAUCCACUGAUUCCAGGAGCCAGGUAAUGAUGAUCAGCCCCAAUAUAAGUAUUCAACAUGAUGAUGUGAAGAAUAAAUAUGCCACCCUGAACGAUGUCAUCUUGUGA